CAAUACUAGCGUCCAUAUACAGUAGUUCUGUGUACAAACAAAACAAGUCAGAUAGAUAGACAGUGAACAGGAUUUGCAGUCAAACGGUACCCUUGUAAUUGAACGCUUCCCACCCCUUUGGUCUUACCCCCUACCCCUUUCCCAAGGCUCCCCCCUUUAGAAAAAAAAUUAUUUGCCACCCAAUUUAGCGGCCAGAUUUUUUUUGAGAAAAAAAAACAACAACAACAAGAACAAGAACAAUGUCAGCACCUUCCACUUCCAGUGAACGUUCGACCGUUGGGUCGGCCAAUGCUGCUGCUGCACGUCAGCCGGACUACCUGAGCGCCACUGCUGCUGCGGUCACCGCCGUUGCCGCCGCUGGGGCUUACAACGACGACGCUACCGGCUACGCGUUGGACUUUCAACAGCAACAACAACAGCAACAACAGCAACAACAUCUUCAACAACAACAUCAUCUUCACUACCAGCACCAACAACAGGCUGCCCAAGCCGCUGCCCAGCAACAGGCUGCUGCCCAGCAACAGCAACAACACUCGCUCCAUCAUCACCUUCAACAACAACAAGUGCAACAUGCACAACAAGCUGCUGCUGCUCAAGCUGCCGCUGCACAACAACAACAUCUUCAACAACAACAAAUUCCUCACCAACAACAACUCCAUCAAACACAACCUAACGGACAAGUUGGCGUUGUUGGCCACGAGUAUGAUGACGGAGAAGUUCUUCGUUCCAAGUAUGUUGAAAAUGAAAUUGUCAAGACUUUUUCAUCCAAGCCAGCUCUUGUUGGAUUUGUUAAGAAUGUCUUGUGUAUUGAAGAACAAUGUAAAAUUGUGAUCAAUUCCUCGAAACCUAAGGCUAUUUACUUCCAAUGUGAACGUUCUGGGCUGUUUAGAACCACCGUCAAGGAUUCUACCAAGCGUCAAAGAGUCGCAUACACCAAGAGAAACAAGUGUGGUUACAGACUCGUUGCCAACUUGUACCCACCAGAAAAGGAUAAGAAGAAGAAUCAACCUAAAAAAUUGGGUGGAGUUGGAUCUGCUGAUGAAGAUGCUAAAAUUGGAUUUGAACGUAAUUUGGAUGAUAAAUUGACUGGUGCAGGAGGUGCAGGAGCUGAGUAUGAUACUGGAGAAAUGUGGAUCUUGAGAAUGAUUAAUCCAAUCCAUAACCAUGCUCCAGAACCAACCUCCACCGGCUUGAAAGAACGUAAGAGAAGAUUGAGAUUCCUGAGAAGAUUGGUGGAAAAGCCAGUGAUCAACAAUGCCAACUAUAAUCCUGAAAUCCAUCAUCAUAUUAAACCAGAACAUCAACAUCAUCAUCAUUUACAACAUCAUCAAGAAACCCCCUCUGUGCAGGACCCGGCUGUGAUUGCUGCAAUUGAAAGUGCUCCAGCCACUGCAGCUGCUGCCAUCAGUCAUUUACAACAACAUCAUCACCACCACACACCGGUGGAUCCUAACAUUGAUCCAAAUGUUGACCCUAGUGUGCAAGACCAUGACCAUUCCCACAGAUAAGGGAGAUCAUGAGAGAGAGAGACCCUUUUAUUUGUUUUAUUAGUCUAAUUGUAUAUGUUAAAAAUUUUGUAAGAUAUUGAGAUUUAAA